AUCUUGACUCGCUGAGGAAUAAACAAAGGGUUUCCGACGGGUAUAAAAGCUGCCAACAAAGUGUGCAGUCAAACAGAAUCAACUUGAAAGCAUCAAACCAUUUCGAAAAUGCUCAACCUCAAGUGUCUGGUAAUACUUCUCGCAUUGUCAUGUUUGGGAACAUGCAGGAAUCUCGGCAAUGAUAAAACGUCGCGAAAUUCACCUCGAAUCAAGGAAUUUGUAACGAUAAAUGGCAGCGAAUACUACAUCGACACAGACUCUUGGCUGACACAUGACCAGGCAAAGGCUAACUGCAUAACACGCAACUCCCGUCUUGUUACUUUUUCAUCCAGAGAAAAGUACAACGACCUGGUAACCUACCUGUCCACAAGAGGAUUGGGUUGGACUUGGUUCUGGACGGACGGAUUCAGACCAGUUAGCUCAAGCAGAUGGUUCUGGAGCAAUAGCAACACUGAAAUCACCGAGUUUUUGUGGGCCGUGAACAGACCCGAGGCGCAGAGUCUUUCUCAAUCGAGAUGCAUUACGUUCAGUUUUGAUUUCAAAGGCUGGGACGACGAUCCAUGCAACAUUGUGUUGCCACACGUGUGCGAAAAGUGUUGAUUUUAGAUAUACAAAAAAUAUACAAAUAUA